AUGCCCGCUUCGUGGAACGCGUCCGGCGCAAGCUGGGCGCGCUGGCGCACACCAUCAGCGCGCAUUCGCGCAUCAUCAGUGCGCAUUCGCGCAAAGAGUCGCUAUGAGGAACGUGUUUCGCAAGCAGCCAAUGACGACGGAGGUCGUUCCCUGACGAUCCUUCGCACCGCCCUAGUAGCUUUCACGAGCCAUCGCUACUGGCACAACAAGACGACUACCAGGAAUUUCCGUUUUUACGAAAUGCAUGAGGAAGAUCUGAAGAGCCUCAACAAGACACAUCAACGGCUGUUAGACUCUCGUCCACAUCCUUCGUUUCGUAGAAUCUCUCUGCACCGCAAUCAACACCGCAUUCUACAUCCACCACGAGCGAUUCACCGCGAUAGCGCGGAAGCAGGCGCGCGGACGCGGAAGCAGGCGAAUGGCGGUGAUGUGGAGCUGGCAGGGGCAGCGGGGGCGGCGGCAGCCCCCAGGCGUCGCGCCGCUGAGCGUGUGGCUCGUCUUGUCGCUACCCGCGUGGCGUCACGCCGUCGCCUCGCACGCUGGUCCGUUGCUGCUGGGUGUCGGCACACCCCCCCGUCGACUGUUGGCCGACACCCCCCUGACACGCUCCUCGCGCUCAUCGUCACAUCAGCCGUGCUCUUCGUGGGUGUGGUCAUCCUCGUUAUAGUCUUCUGCAGGACCAGGAGACGCACCCCCCAAGUGGCCCCUUUGGACGGCAAGGCAACCGGCAUAGUCGACAGCGACAGCGACAAGGUAAACGGGGAGGGGCGAGAGGAAGAGGAGGAGGGGGAGGAGGGGGAGAGCGGGUACAGGCCAGUGGAGCAGUGGAGCUGGGAGGAGGUGGAGGCGGCAACUGAUGGCUUUAGCGAGGAGCGCACUAUCGAGGACGCAGGGCACUCCGCGGUGUUCAGAGCGGUGGGGCGCGGUGGGGAGGAGUUGGCGGUGAAGCGCGCCAAGCGGGUGUCAGUGGAGGGGCAGCACCUCUUCCGCAACCAGGUGGAGUUUCUGGAGGGAGUGCGGCAUCCCAACAUCGUGUCUCUGCUCGCGUUCAGUGAUGACCGCAACGAGCAGAUCCUCGUGUUUGAGUUCGUGCCCAACGGCUCGCUCACUGACUGGCUCAGGCCUCUCGAUGUCUCCAAGCCUGCGUUGACGUUCGGGCAGCGCCUGGCGAUAGGAGCGGAGGUGGCGCGGGCAAUCAAGUACCUGCACAGCAAGGCGCCUCCUGUGCUGCACCGCGACAUCAAGUCCGAGACCAUUCUGCUCGAUAACGACUUCAAGGUCAAGCUGGGCGGGCUGGGUGUGCUGAAGCACCUGCCAGGGGAGGCCAUGCGGCUGCGCAUGCAGCGCAAGAGAGGGUACCUGGACCCAGAGUACUUUCAGAGCUUCCGCAUCACCAGCAAAUGCGAUGUGUACAGUUUCGGGGUGGUGCUGCUGGAGUUGAUUACAGCGAAGCUGCCUAUUGUGGAUGAGAAGGACGUGGUCAUGGGCUCCCGCACCAGCAAGCGAUUCGUUACCCUCGUGCAGUGGGCCCUUCCAAAGAUCAAGGAGGGGAAGUACAACGACAUGGUGGAUCCACGCCUGGGAGCAUACCCCGGGGACCUCAUGGAGAUCUUCUGUGGCAUCGCUGCUGAGUGCGUGACUCCGCAGCGCAAGAACCGGCCCGACAUCGAUGUGGUCUCCGCCUGGAUGGACGAGCUCAUUCAGAAGGACGCCGCAUCACGGGAGCCGCUCUCUCGGUUCAUGCGAGCGGUGCCAGAAGAGGAGGAAGUGGAGGAGGAUGGGUACGCGGUGGAGGUGGGUGAGGUGGUGAAGGGAGGGGAAGGGGGGAAGGAGGUGGUGGUGGUGAUGACAGAGGAAGCUGGUGAUGGGGAGGAGGGAGGAGAAUGGAGCAAUGAGAGGCCCAAGGGUGGUGCUGCUCCUGGUGGUGGGACUGAGAUUGCUGCUUCUUCGGCUGACUCAGUUGGUGCCAAAACAUAUGAUAUUGGCGCCAGCGCAGGUGUUGCUGCUGUUAGGCCUGCUGCUGCUGUCAGUGCAGAGGUUUGUAUAGGGGUCGAUGGAAAUGUGGCACCAGCGCAAAAAGAGGAUGACCGUGCGGGUGCAGAGUUACAGGCUGACGUUGCGAGUUAG